GUUUAGUUUUGUUGAGUUUGUCCUCAUGGGCCACCAUACGAGACUGGCGGGAUUCCGGAAAAUGCAUGUUGAGUAGACUUGUUUGAAAAUUUACAAAUAAAACAGAAGUAGCUACGUUUAAGAUUAUUCUGAUGGAGGGCAUCAAUGCAAAGUACGUGUCACAGAAAAUCAGCAAAACGAGAUGGAGACCGGUCUCAUCUUCGUCUUUACAGCAACCAGACAUCUUUGCUACUGGGUCUUGGGAUAACGAGGUGGGUUUGCUAGCUAGCUAAACUGCUAACUUUAUCGUUAGCUAGCUACUGUCGGUGCUGUCAACACAUAACGUUAGUUUGCUUUAUUAUUCUCUGGCAAUAAUAACAAACCUGUCACUUGACUUCCCUAAAUUACAGAAGUCCAAUGUGCUGCCACUAGGGCAAUUUAUGCAUACAUAACAUAGCUAACGUUAGCUACUAGCUAACUAGUAUAACUUAGUUACCACCAAUCAGCUGUUCAAAUCAAAUUUUAUUUGCCACAUGCGCCGAAUACAACAGGUGUAGACGUUACCGUGAAAUGCUUACUUACAGCCCUUAACCAACAAUGCAUUUUUUUUUUUUUUUAAGUAAAAUAAAACAACAACAAAAAAGUGUUGAGGAAAAAAAGAGCUGACGUAAAAUAAAAUAACAGUAGGGAGGUUAUAUACAGGGGGUACCGGUGCAGAGUCAAUGUACGGGGGCACCUGCUAGUUGAGGUAAUAUGUACAUGUGGGUAGAGUUAAAGUGACUGCAUAAAUAAUUAACAGAGUAGCAGCAGCAUAAAAAGUGGUGUUGGGGGGGGGGCAGUGCAAAUAGUCCGGGUAGCCAUGAUUAGCUGUUCAGGAGUCUUAUGGCUUGGGGGUAGAAGCUGUUGAGAAGCCUUUUGGACCUAGACUUGGCGCUCCUCCGGUACUGCUUGCCAUGCAGUUGCAGAGAGAACAGUCUAUGACUAGGGUGGCUGGAGUCUUUGACAAUUUUGAGGGCCUUCCUCUGACACCGCCUGGUAUAGAGGUCCUGGAUGGCAGGAAGCUUGGCCCCAGUGAUGUACUGGGCCGUACGCACUACCCUCUGUAGUGCCUUGCGGUCGGAGGCCGAGCAGUUGCCAUACCAGGCGGUGAUGCAACCAGUCAGGAUGCUCUUGAUGGUGCAGCUGUAUAACUUUUUCAGGAUCUGAGGACCCAUGCCAAAUCUUUUCAGUCUCCUGAGGGGGAAUAGGCUUUGUCGUGCCCUCUUCACGACUGUCUUGGUGUGUUUAAACCAUGAUAGCUCGUUGGUGAUGUGGACACCAAGGAACUUGAAGCUCUCAACCUGUUCCACUACAGCCCCGUCGAUGAGAAUGGGGGCGUGCUCAGUCCUCUUUUUUUCCCUGUAAUCCACAAUCAUCUCCUUUGUCUUGGUCACGUUGAGGGAGAGGUUGUUAUCCUGGCACCACACAGCCAGGUCUCUGACCUCCUCCCUAUAGGCUGUCUCAUCGUUGUCGGUGAUCAGGCCUACCACUGUUGUGUCGUCGGCAAACUUAAUGAUGGUGUUGGAGUCGUGCCUGACCAUGCAGUCAUAGGUGAACAGGGAGUACAGGAGGGGACUGAGCAUGCACCCCUGAGGGGCCCCCGUGUUGAGGGUCAGCGUGGCAGAUGUGUUGUUACCUACCCUUACCACCUGGGGGUGGCCCGUCAGGAAGUCCAGGAUCCAGUUGCAGAGGGAGGUGUUUAGUCCCAGGAUCCUUAGCUUAGUGAUGAGCUUUGAGGGCACUAUGGUGUUGAACGCUGAGCUGUAGUCAAUGAAUAGCAUUCUCACGUAGGUGUUCCUCUUGUCCAGGUGGGAACAUGUAUUUUUGUCUGAUUGCAUACAUCUCUUUUUCAGGACAACAAAAUUUCCAUUUGGUCCAUCGGAGAGAAUGGGGUCUCCAGUAUGGACGAUGAAUUUGAGGGAGACCCCCAAUUAGUAUGCGAAUACAAACAUAAUGGGGAUGUUCUGGACCUUCAAGUAAGUUUAUCAACUAGGUCUAGGAUAUUAGACUGACAUUGUUGUACUUGGUCCUGAUUUUCAAAAUAUAUUGCCAUAAUUGAAUGUCAAUCUUACAUUUUUAGUUUCUGGAUCAAGACAGAAUAGUAACAGCAUCAUCGACUGGAGCAGUGAUCAUAUUUCGGCAUCACCACAACAGCCAGGUAUGGAUGUUAUUUCACAAGACAUCAUUAUAAUGAAGAUAUACCAACAAUCAUGGAUGCAUCAAUUACAAAUGUCAAGGUAGAUUGUGGAGGACCUUGUGUUCAAUAGCACCUGUAUUCUCUUCUCAACAGACAUUGUCUGUUUCUAAACUGUGGGAAAGAGCACAUCAUUAUCCCUGCGACAACGCUCCAUGUACUGGAAUUGUGUGUAACAGCCCUGAGAUUGUCACGGUUGGGGAAGAUGGAAGGAUCAUCCUCUUCAGAGCGGACCAGGAAGGAGUGCUGCGCACCAUAGGUCUGAGAACGAAACAAUACUUUAGUAACAAUACCUCAUCUGUUGAUAAGAGUAUAGAUAAUUGUAUUUUCCCCUGGCAAUGGCAAUUGUUUUCAUCAAGGUUGAAUUUUGAACUUGCAAUAACAUAGCCUACAUGCCAAUUUCCAAAAGUCAGCUGGAACUUCAAGUAAAAUCCUACCCUUUAGCCAAGAUGAUACUGACAUACUAUUUUUUUAUUGUCAGAAAACGCUGAUAGUAGCACAAUCCAUGCUGUGACUUUCCUGAGGACUACGGAGAUCCUUACUGUCAAUUCUAUUGGCCAGCUCAAACUAUGGGACUUCAGGCAACAGGGCAAUGAACCAUCGCAGAUUCUUUCACUGUAAGAUGUUUAAAUAUUUGAGGAGCUAAUGUAAAUCAGUUUUUCUGGUGCUACGAGUGUGUUGUGUAAUGUCCUUUAUGUAUUUUGUUUUGCCUGCAAGAACUGGGGACAGAGUCCCACUGCAUUGUGUGGACAGGCACCCCAACCAACAACACAUUGUGGCCACAGGGGGUCAGGAUGGCAUGCUCUGUAUCUGGGAUGUGAGACAAGGCAACAUGCCCUUUUCACUUAUGGAGGCGCACUCAGCUGAAAGUAAGAUAUUUAUGGUAGUAGUUUAUUGACUAAAACAGCAAGUCUAUCUUCGGUUCACAGGUUAACUGUUUUUUGUGCUCUCAGUGUGGGAGGUCCAUUUUCAUCCAUCAAACCCAGACCACCUCUUCUCAUGCUCAGAGGAUGGAUCACUGUUGCAUUGGGAGACUUCCUCAAAUUCAGACACACCAUCCUUCUUACAAGGCAAGUCAUCAGAAAUAUUUCUCACGGCUCACAGAGCAGGGCGGUUGUGUUUAUUGCCAAAUGGAAGUAUUUGAUAUAUCAACCUGUUUAUUUGGCAGGAUAUCAUUGCUGUAACACCAAUCAUUCAUAAUCCGAGUUGUCCUUUUUUGUUCACCAGGUGGACGAAACACAAGCAUAAUUUCACGCAGCGCAAUAGCCCCAGCAGGUGGGAACCAGUCACUCAUCAGUUCCUGGCUCACUGGAGACUCAAGUAAGGGACGCCUUGAGACCACUCACAUGCUGCCCAGCCAGACCCUGUCUGUGAACAGUCUGGAUGUGCUGGGACAAUGCUUGGUGUGUGGAACGGACGGAGAGGCUAUUUAUGUCAACAGACGGGUCCCAAUUUAGAAAACUGUUCAGCUAUUCACAUUAAUAGACAUGCUGGCUGGACUUUAUUUACCUUAACUGAUUGUUAAAAUGUGUUUUCAGUAAAAGGUCUCGCUUUGGAGGAUUAGAUAACCCCAAUCAGAUGAAAGUGCUUUAUUAACUGUUUUUGAUAGUCUUGAAGGAGGUUGAAGAAAUUGUAAGCAUACAGAGAUCUUGUAUUACUACUGAAAUACUGAGUUUACACUCUAAAUGAUGAGUACCGGUUGUACAGUAAAUUGUGCUCAACACCAGUCACAGAGAGUACAUGAUUUGUGGGGAAGUCAUAUUGGUUGUGUUCAUGUCAUUGUACUCUGGUGUUUUGAAAUAAAAUGGCUGCAUAAAUGUGUUCUCACUU